AUGCAAGCAGCCAACCACCUUCACAAAACACUGCAUAGUAAUUCCCUUGCUUUGGGUGCCUGGCAGAUGCUCCCAGGAUCCAACCUCUCACGCAUCCUAGCUCGUACGAACCCAACCUGGAUCUGCGUUGACACGGAACAUGGCAACAUCAGUGACACCGCUAUGCACGAGUCCGUUGCUGCCAUAGCAUCUUGUGGUGUUUCUCCCAUCGUGCGCACGGUCUCGAACGAGGGCUGGAUGAUCAAGCGUGCUCUAGAUGCUGGUGCCCAUGGCAUUGUGAUUCCUCAACUCAACAACGCAGAGGAAGCAAGAGGUGUGGUGAGAGCGGCAAAGUUCCCACCGCAGGGCGUUAGAGGCUUCGGGAGUCCAUUUGCUAUGGAGAGAUUUGUGCCCAAGAAUGGCAAACCCGUUUCCGCAUCCGACUAUUUGCAACAAGCAAACGAGGCACUGGUUACUAUCAUCCAGAUCGAGACUCAACAAGCAUUGGACAAUGUAGACGAAAUUGCUGCAGUUCCUGGUGUUGAUGUGCUCUUCGUGGGCCCUUACGAUCUAGGAAACAGCAUCGGCUAUCCCAUUCUUGCCGAUGGUAUGCACGAGGAACUCAAAGCUGCUAUCGAGAAGAUCCUCAUUGCGGCAAAGAAGGCUGGCAAACACUCAGGAAUCUACUGUACAGACGGCGAUCAAGCAAGACACUACGCAGACCGAGGCUUCACUAUGAUCAGUGCCAUGACGGACUCGCUGGCUCUGGGCCAAGGUGUGAGUACUGCUCUGGGCAGAGCACAGGGGUCAUGGGGUCAUACGGCAUUGCAGGGUGUCAAGCAGGGUGCGAGCAGAAUCGUUUCUUCGAACUCGCCAUACUGA